AACUUGGAAAGCUGGGAAUAGACUUGGCAAGAUAUUUUUCCUGCUUUAAAAAAAACCAAAUAAAACAAGCAUUUUUAUAUGAGGAUGCCCUCAAAAGUUGUAUCCCCCCCACACCUAGUCUGAGGUUGUAAGUCCACCCUACUACCUCAACUUCCCGUCACUUUCUGCUGUGUGAAUAAAACCAGAAGAAAGAAAGCAGAUGAACAGAAACCAUAAAGCCUUUGCUUCUGGCCAAGAGAGAUAUGCAUUAGCCACUGUUUCAGCUUCUGCUGCAAAUGGAGAACGGAUACGUGGUGGGAAGCCUUGUUCUCCCCACUCCCAGCCAUGGCAGGCUGCGCUUUUUACUGGCUUCCGUUUGCGAUGUGGAGGGACCUUGAUCAACAAAUCCUGGGUGCUCAGCGCUGCCCAUUGUAAAGCGACAUUCCCGUUUUUUGUCCGCCUUGGAGAGCACAACCUUCGGCGCUUGGACUGGUCUGAGCAGCUCAAACUGACAUCAAAGGUCAUUGUGCACCCUGACUAUAACCCAGUAACCAAAAACAAUGACAUCAUGCUCAUCAAGCUGCUGUUACCAGCCUGCUUAAAUAGCAAAGUCCAAACCCUGGAGUUGCCUACCCACUGCCCUGUGCCUGGGAACAGAUGUGUUGUGUCAGGAUGGGGGACAACAUCAAGUCCACAAGUCAAUUUCCCAGAUGUCUUGCACUGUGCAAACAUCACCAUUGUCAACCCUGAUGUUUGCCAAUCCAUCUACCCCAGGUAUUUCAAUGAGAACAUGGUAUGUGCUGGUCAGAUGGAGGGAGGCACAGAUUCUUGCCAGGGCGACUCGGGGGGUCCCCUUGUCUGCAAUGGGAAGCUGCAAGGGAUUGUGUCCUGGGGCUACGAGAUAUGCGCACAACCAAACAAACCAGGAGUCUAUGUUAAUGUCUGCAAAUACGUCGACUGGAUCCGAGAAACCAUAAGAAAUAACUGAUGGGUGUCCGGCUCAGAUGGUCCUGAACAAACUUUGAGCGGAGGGCAAAUAUGUUUGCUGUUUGGGGGUGGAGCUGACUUGACUCCUCCACGUUGGUUGGUUUGCUCCUUGUCUGGUGCUUUCAGCACUUCCUUGCUGCUAUGUAAAAAUGUGAAAUAAUAAAAAGUUGUGUUUGAUCA